CAGCGCCUGGGAGGGUAUCGAACCAGUGCCGUGGCCUCGGGCCUGCAGUAUCCUUUGCUGGACAAAAAUCCCUUGGUGGGACCUUAGCUGUUGACUCCUUUCUUUCAUGAAAAGCUUGGGUACUUCAUUGUACCCCGCUUUAAAAAUGUGGAAUUUGGGGGCUGCAGGAGAAGAUGGCGGUCUCCACAGGAGUUAAAGUUCCUCGUAAUUUUCGCUUGUUGGAAGAACUUGAAGAAGGACAAAAAGGAGUAGGCGAUGGUACGGUUAGCUGGGGCCUUGAAGAUGAUGAAGGUAUGACACUUACAAGGUGGACAGGCAUGAUUAUUGGGCCACCAAGGACAAAUUAUGAAAACAGAAUAUAUAGCCUGAAAGUGGAAUGUGGGCCUAAAUACCCAGAAGCUCCUCCAUCAGUUAGAUUUGUAACCAAAAUUAAUAUGAAUGGAAUGAAUAAUUCCAGUGGAAUGGUGGAUGCACGGAGCAUACCAGUGUUAGCAAAAUGGCAAAACUCAUAUAGCAUUAAAGUUGUACUUCAAGAGCUAAGACGUCUAAUGAUGUCCAAAGAAAAUAUGAAGCUUCCACAGCCACCAGAAGGACAAACAUACAACAAUUUUAGUGGAUCUCAAACUUGUCUUAAAUCAACAGCCUUCUACUCAUGUUAAUGUCUUGAUUAAAUAUCACAAUGCAAAAUACCCACACAUUAAGUAAAAGAAUUCCAGCUGGUAAACAUGACCUGGACAUUUGUAAGAAUAUAUUUAAUAUAUGUACACCAUUAUGUUUUCAGCUUACAGGAGGAAAAAUGCAGCACCAUUUUUUUUCUCUUGUUAAGGCACUGUCAUUUAAGCAUAAACCUGGAGUACUCAAAAUAGAAUUCAGGUUUACAAGAUGAAAGCAUGGAGAGAAGAGUCAGAUGCUGUGGAAGCAUGUGUGUUUCUGAAAAGUAAAAAAAUCUCAAGAAGGAAAAACAGAAAUGGCAUGCUUUAUCCAUCUUGCUUAGCGAAAGAGCUUCAAGUUGAAAUUGUCUAAAGUAGCAGGUACAAUGAAUCUUGUCACAAAUUGUGUUAAUUUUUGAAGCGGUGUGGGUGCUGACUACUAGUAGUAUCAAAAAUAUGUUCAGGAUUGUUUUGAUACCUGUAUUUAUGAUAAAAAAAUGUCGUGGGGGAGGCCGAUGAGUAUCUGUUAAAAGCCGUUCCUGUGUGUUACAUGUAACAGACAUGGUAAAUAUUUGUUUACAGUCUUUGUUUGACAAACCAUGCAUUUAAGUGAAAUCAACAAAAAAAGGAAAUAGGUGUAUGGAUAUGUGAUUUUGAGAUUAAAGUUAGUCUUAAAAUGUAAAUAAAAUGUGGAACGUG